CUAUAAAUGAAUUAGAAAAUGGUAUUAUGGCUUUAGAAAAAACAGCGCAAAAUUUCAAUUUCACCUGUGAGUUGCUAACACAAAGAAUUUCAAAAACCAGGUGCAAUCAAAUUACUAGCGAGUUGUGGUCAGCGCUGAGUAAACGUAAAAGUUCAGGCGAGUUUAUAGAGAGCGUUAUUCCAAAUCGGAACAAAAGGGGAAUCAUUACGGCUGUCGGAGGCAUGGAUUCUGACGACAGGGUUAGGAUUGACACAAACAUAGACAGGCUUAGGAAAAAUGAAGAGUCUCUAAGAACGUCAAUUACUCAUCAAACUGGAACACUAGAUGCCAUGUAUAAAUUUGUUGAUAGUUCGAUGUAUCACGUUGAUGAUAAAAUUAAAAAAAUCAUGAACAAUUUCAACACGGUUAGAAAAACGGUACAGGAUGACUUGAAUUUCACUAGUACUAUUCAGAAUAUAUUAUACUUGGAAUCAGAAUUGAUGGAAAUUGGGUUUCAACUUCAAACUCUAAUAAAUAAUUUAAAAGAUCAACAACAUAUUAUUAUUGAAAUUCUACUGGGGAACACAAAAGGGGUGUCCGAAAUGAUGCAAUUAGUUGAAAUAUCGGAGCUAGUAUCGCUGUUGCAUGAAGCCGAAGAUAAACUUCCGAAUGGGUUGGCGUUUCCGGGAGAUGGUAAGAGCGAUAUCCUUUCUGGACUCCUCUCAAUCAUUGAAAUAUCUUAUGAGCCUUUGAAUAAUCAAAUUUUAAUGUUAAAGUUGAAUAUCCCUUUAGUGUCUAAACAAAAACUCGUGGCUUUCAGGGGGGUGUUUGUCCCACAAGUGAAUGGAACAUAUGUGGUAGCAAUUAAGAUGGAUGAUGAUAUAUUAAUCAAGGAAGUUGAAAAGAACUGGGGCUUUGUAAUAUCAAGUGCACAGUACGAAGAGUGUCUAAGUUUUGCACAAAAUAAAAUAUGCAAUUUAAGUGCAGUCGAAGUAAAACUAUCUUCAGAAAACAAGUGUUUACUUAAUUUGUACUUCAGGAACUCUACGGAAAGUUGUAGCAUAAGAAUUUUGAAAAUAAAUCAUGAUGUCUGGUUUGCUAGUGAGGAACCUAAUGUAUGGGAAUAUGUGACCCCGGACGAAAUGGAGAUUGUCAUUUUUCAUGGAAUGAAUGGAACGCCGGGUAUGAGAAUUAAAACGGAUAGUGUUAAAAUAUCGUUCACGAAUGUAUCAUUGUCAGAUAAACUGGCCGUGUAUACUAACGUACACUAUAACAUAUUGAAUUUUACUUUAGAUAGCUGGCGAAUGAAAUUUAUCCCAUCUUUAGAUAAAAACACUUCUGUACUAUCGGUUUAUGAUAGGAAAAAGUUGUUUGAUUUAGGAGUGGACAUAGAGGAUUUGAAAAGAGAAAGACCAUUUUUAGAGAACAUGCUAUACUCACCUUUGUCCUCGGGGUGGACAAUUGGUGGUUUAACAACAGUAGGAGUAAUAGUGUUGAUAAGUUUGUAUAUUUUUGCAUGCAGAAGAAACAAUUCAUUCAAAGAUAGCUCUCAAAGACCGGUAGUAAAUAUAAAAGAUAUCGAGAUAAUACAUCAUACACCAACUCAGAAAACAAUAGCAAACCGAAACAAUGACAUCCAGGAAGUUUUCGAAAAUCCGAAUUUAGUACGAUUUGGUGAUAUACUUUUGAACAACGACCCUCGUAACUACCAAACUGUGGUGGAAAUGGAGGAUGAAUUAUUACAAAUAGAAAACUAUUUGGAACCACGGCAGGAUGAAUUUACGAAAAAUAUCCACGUAGCGGAAAUUACAGAAAUAAAGGAAGCAAAUAAGUCGGAAAUACUCCCACUACGAGACAUAAUAGAAGCACAGGUAAUAAACAAAGAGCCGCAAGGAGCUCCUAAGGAAGAUAAAUCAGAUAAAAUAGCAGUUAGUAACAAGAAAAGUAUCAACAAAAUCAGGUGAACCCACCUACAACCAGGAAACAAAAAAGGGGCAAGAGACACAACAAUUUCGAGCGCUGCGAAACCCUUAAAAAAAAAAAAAAAACACUAAUGGAUAUGGUAUGUAUAAAUGAUGAUACAUGGGAAUGUAAGUAAUGCCCGACAUUUUAUUUAGCUUAUAUUGCUGUG